CUGGCCUGGCCUCCCGUCCUGGCACUGGGGUGGUGGCUGCUGUGGUGCCUUCAGGUGCGUGGCUUGGCCAAGCCAAUGCUGCCAAGCUGCAACUGGGGAGGGGCUGGCAUGAGCAACCGGGGCAGGGGCAGGGGCUGGUCCUGUCCAGGCAGCCCUUGCCAAGCCGGGCUCCUGUGUGCCCCACAGCGCCCUGCAGCCAUGAGCAGCCCUGUGCAGCAGUGCAGGCCCUGUAGUCUGGACGCCACCAGCCAGCACCCCGCCAGCGAGCUCUUCCUCCUGGAGCCGGCCCACGAGGACCUGUCGGAUGUGGACGUGGACGUGGACGUGCCGCUCAGGGCCCUGCCCUGCCCCAUGCGGCAGAAGCGCAGGCUGCUGCAGGCGUCCAGGGAGAAAGCCCCGUCCGGCUGGGUGCCCUGGGGACCAAGCCGCCACAGGACCCUGCAGCGGUGCCGGGAGGGGCUGCAGCGCCUGGUGGGGCUCUGCCAGCUCUGGAAGGCUGCUCUGGACCAGAUCGAGGGGAAGUUUGGCACCGGGGUGCGGUCCUAUUUCUCGUUCCUGCGGUUCCUGCUCUGCCUCAACCUCCUGCCCCUGCUGCUGACUGCGGGGUCUGUGCUGGUGCCUCUUGGCUGGCGCCGGGGGCAGGCAGCUCUGCCCGGGUGCCAGGCUGCGGGCCUCCUGUGCCUGAACGCCAGCCACGGGGACAGGCCUUCGGCCAUCCGGCAUCAUCUCCACGACCUCUUCUCGGGCAAGGGCUUUCUGGAGUGCUCCUACCUGUUCUACGGCUACUACCAAGUGGGUGAGGAGGACAGAGCCUGGUACAUCAUCCGCCUGGCCUACCUGCUCAACUCUCUGGGCUACCUGCUGCUUUGCUUCCUCUGGAUCCUCCACCGGUCAGUGAAGGGGCUGGUGCGGCAGCAGGUGCUGAGCCGGGCGUACCAGCCGUGCCGGGGCACCCACAUCUUCAGUGAGUGGGACUUCUGCAUCCACAGCCUGGGCACCGCAGCCAUCAAGCACCAGAGCUUCUGCAAUGAGCUGAAGAUGGAGCUGGCAGAGGAAAGGCGUCACCUGGAGAAUCAGCGCCGGACCCGGUGGCAGCGCGGCCUCACCUACCUGGUGCGUCUGCUGGUCAACCUCGGUGUCCUGCUACUCAUGGCUGUGGCCUUCUACUGCAUCCACCGAGUCACGGCCUUCUCCCAGGCCUCUGACGCCAGUGUGCUGACUCAAUACCUGCCGUCCAUCACCAUCUCCCUCCUCAACCUCCUGCUGCCCUGGGUCUUCCACAUGCUGGUCCAGGCCGAGUGCUACUCCCCGCACAUGGAGGUCAACCUCACCCUCAUCAGGUGUGUGACUCUGAGGCUGGGCAGCCUGGGCAUGGUCCUCUUCUCCCUGCGGCACACGUUGUGCCUGGAGAACAGCAACAGCAAUGACACCUGCCAGGCCUGCCGCCCCCAGUGCUGGGAGAACGUGGUCGGCCAGGAGAUGUACAAGCUGACCGUCUUCAGCUUCCUCAUCACCCUCGGGGACACCUUCCUCAUCAGCCUACCCAGGAGGCGCAUCGCGGAGCAGGUACAACAUGCCUGGCUGCAGAAGGAGGAGUUCCUUGUCCCCCAGAACAUCCUGGGCACGGUGGCCGCGCAGACCGUGGUCUGGCUGGGCAUCUUCUACUGCCCCCUGCUCCCUUUGCUCAAUGGGACCUUCAUCUUCCUCACCUUCUACCUCAAGAAGUACACGGUGCUCCAGAACUGCCGGCCGGCCAAGAGGCUCUUCCGCGCCUCGAGCUCCACCUUCUUCUUCCAGUUCGUGCUGCUGCUGGGCCUGGCCAUGGCCGCAGGCUCCCUCACCUAUGGCAUCACUCGAAUCCGUCCCUCCAAGACCUGUGGCCUCUUUGCCAACUACUCGGCUGCCUGGAAGGUAGUGCCCAAGGCUGUGGAAACCCGCUUGCCCCGUGCGGCCCAGCAAGUCCUGAACUACCUCACCUCCGACGCCUUCAGCUGCCCGUUCAUCAUCCUGCUCAGCCUCAUCCUCACCAUGUGCGUGUCCCAGGCCCGGGUGAACAAACAGGCCAUCAAGGAGCUCAAGAGGCAGCUGAUGCAGAGGGUCAAGGAGAAGUGGGGCCUGGUGGGGGAGCUGGCCAAGCUGCUGGAGGAGCCCAUGGCUAGUGGCAGUCACCUGGCUGGGGACAGAGCUGAGUCGCCAUCCAGCCCCUCUCCGAAGCCUCCUGGCUCCUGGCUGAGACAGGAGCCGCGGCGUCCAAGCAGCACGGCCCCCAGCAAGGAUGGGAGCACCUCUCCCCUGGAGACCCCAUGUCCCAGCCCCUGACCAGGCUCCACGCUCGGGGAGCUGGAGGAGACGUCAAUGCAAGCAUAUGCAUGCACAAAUCCAUGUCUUACCGGGGCUGUACACGCGUGUGCAUGUGUGUACAGUGGUGUCUUCCUGAGUGUGUACACUGAAUGUGCCGGGGUGGGCGGGGUGUAUAUGCAGCGGUGUCUGAGGGGUAUCUCUGUGUGUGUGCAUGUGUGCGGGCACGCAUGGAGACAGCCUGUCCGUGCAAGCGGGGAGCGGGGGGUUUGUGCCCGUGCCGGGGGGCUCUGCCUGUCCGGGUAAUAAAGGCCCCAGCACGGUAACGAUGAUCG